GAUCAUCCAAACAAAACGAAAUCCUCGUGGGGGCCACUCGACCUAACCUCGCAAAAGUCAAAAUUUUUCCGGGUGUAAAGCGCGUGGUCUGCACGGUGGAGCGCGAUUUUGUUUAAUAACUUUCGAAAGUCGACCGUAAACCGAUAAUUUUGCAUUAUGGAAGUGGAUAUUCCCACGUCUCCGAUCAAGAAAGAGAAGAAGAAGAAAAAAGUGAAGCAAGAACCGGAGGAAAACCUGGGGGAAAUCCAAAAGUCGGGUGACUUCCAGAUUAAACCAUCCGAGGCCAUCGCUCGACUCGAUACCUCGAAAUGGCCCCUGCUGCUGAAGAACUUCGACCGUCUGAACGUGCGCAGCAACCACUACACACCGCUGCCGUUCGGAGCCUCGCCGUUGAACCGGAAGAUCAAGGACUACGUGACGGCCGGUUUCAUCAAUCUGGACAAACCUUCGAACCCCAGCUCACACGAGGUGGUCGCGUGGAUCAAGCGGAUCCUGAAGGUCGAUAAAACGGGUCACUCGGGCACGCUCGAUCCGAAGGUCACGGGUUGUUUGAUCGUUUGCAUCGAUCGUGCCACCCGGCUGGUGAAGAGCCAGCAGAGUGCCGGUAAGGAGUAUGUUGCCGUGUUCAAGCUGCACUCGGGCGUGGAAAAGGUGGCCAAAGUAACGCAGGGAUUGGAGAAACUGCGUGGUGCCCUGUUCCAGCGACCACCCCUCAUCUCCGCCGUCAAGCGGCAGCUACGAGUACGAACGGUGUACGAUUCGAAGCUGCUGGAUUAUGACGAUGUCCGCAAUAUGGGUGUGUUCUGGGUGAGCUGUGAGGCCGGUUCCUACAUUCGAACCAUGUGUGUCCACUUGGGGUUGGUGCUGGGUGUCGGUGGUCAGAUGUUGGAGCUGCGACGCGUUCGUUCAGGCAUUCAGUCCGAGAAGGAUGGCAUGGUGACGAUGCACGAUGUGCUAGAUGCGCAGUACCUGUACGAAAAUCACAAGGAUGAAUCGAUGCUGCGAAGGGUCAUCAAACCACUGGAGGGACUGCUCGUUGGCCACAAGCGCAUCAUCAUGAAGGACAGUUCGGUGAAUGCCGUGUGCUACGGAGCAAAGAUCAUGUUGCCGGGAGUGCUUCGCUACGAAGAUGGCAUCGAGCUCGAUCAGGAGAUUGUGAUCGUGACGACAAAGGGCGAAGCAGUCGCCUUAGCAAUCGCUCUCAUGACAACGGCCACCAUGGCCGGCUGUGAUCAUGGAGUUGUGGCAAAGAUUAAACGCGUCAUUAUGGAACGCGACACGUACCCCCGCAAAUGGGGUCUUGGUCCGAAAGCUUCCAUGAAAAAGCAGCUUAUUGCUAGCGGGAAGCUGGACAAAUUUGGCAAACCCAACGAGAACACUCCCAAGGAAUGGCUGAACAGUGGGUACACCGAUUACAGCCGACCGGGGGCUGCAGGCCAAGCAAACGGUAACGGAACGGCAACGACAGCGGAUGAAGCCGCGGGUGGUAAGCGGAAGCUCAGCAUCGGUGAGGGUUCUGCCGACAAUUCCGCCAUAGUGGAGGCAGCGGCCGAGGAUGGAAGUGAACAGAAGAAAAAGAAGAAAAAGAAGCAAAAGAAGGAUGAUGGGGAGACCACCGAACCGAUGGAUGAAUCGGUGGUCGCCGCCGAGGAAGCGACCGGUGGUGAGGAGGAAACGAAAAAGGAAAAGAAAAAGAAGAAAAAAGACAAAAAGGCCGCCGAGGAGGCGGAGUAAUUAGGGCUGCCACAGGAAUGCUAUUUUUACGCACCCCCCCCCCCCCCCCACCAUCAUCCUCCCUUCCUGAUCCGGUUGAAUCAGGAAAACAGCUCCGGUUAAGUUACGGUACCAUUAUUGCUCCUGAAACGGUCGCUAAUUUCCUAUUGGCCUGUUUUGUACUGUGUACUGCUACUGAUCAUUUGUUGUAGCAAUGAUCAGUUAGUUAUGAUUUUUUUCUUUUAAUUUUUGAUUCGCUUUUGAAACCAGUUAGCCAGCUGAUAGUUGGCCACACAGCAUUUUAGCGGUCAUUGAUUGCUAUCAUCGUAAUCUUCCGACAACGUGCUCGGAACACGAUGGUACGGUGUAGAACCGAACCGUUUUAUUAAUAAGUUUUCUUUUUUCUCUCAGAGCUGCAAAUAUAGAAUUUGCCUAAGUCUAAUAUUAAGAAAUAAAAAUUGAAAUAUCCAUAAAGGCA